GGACCGGGGGGGCGGGGGGACCGGCGGCCACCGCGGGCGGGGCGGGGCCGGGCGGCGGCGGCGGGGGAGCAGGUUCCCCCGUGGCCCAGCCAGAGCCGGACCCGCUGGCCGAGAUGGAGGCGCCGGGCUGCGACGGCUCAGCGCGGCUGCUGGUCCCCAAGGCGGAGGCGAUCGGCGAGGGCGAGGAGCCGGGGGCCGCCGUGGAGCCGGAGCACGGAUGCCCAGAGGACUGGCUGGUGAGGAAGGUGAAGGUGGAGGAGGAGUACGAGGAGUGGCCGGCCAGCCCCGGCGCUGAAGCCCUGCUGGCAGGGCAGCCCCCGGCCGGCGUCUUCCCCCAUGCCGCCGGCGCGCCGGACUGCCUGGGCGCCUGCAAAGCGGAGCAGCCGUGCCCGGAGGAGCUGGGCUACGGCGCGCUGCCCGCCUUCGCCCUGCCGCCGUGGCCGCUGCUGGGCCAGAGCCCGGCCGGCGCCGAGGGCUGCGAGCACUGCUUCCAGGCUCGGCUCAGCCUGCCGCCGCCGGCGGGCGAGGGCGAACCGCGGCCCUGCGGGGGCUGCGGGACCCCGGCCCCCCCGCGCCCCUUCGCCUGCGCCCAGUGCGGGAAGGGCUUCGGGAAGAAGGCGCACCUGACCCGGCACCUGCGGGUGCACACGGGCGAGCGGCCCUUCCCCUGCGGCCAGUGCGGCCGCCGCUUCCGCCAGAAGAUCCACCUGCGCUCCCACCAGAAGACGCACACGGGCGAGCGGCCCUUCCCCUGCGCCGAGUGCGGCCGCCGCUUCCGCAAGAAAACCCACCUGGUGCGGCACCAGCGCACCCACACCGGCGAGCGCCCCUUCCCCUGCGCCCGCUGCGGCCGCCGCUUCGCCCACAAGCAGCACCUCCUGCGGCACCAGCAGCUGCACGCCGAGCCGGCGCCGGGGGACGGCGCCGGGGCGCUCCCCGCCGAGCAGAAACCCUUCCCCUGCCCCGAGUGCGGGAAGAGCUUCAGCUGGAAGAAGAACCUGGCGUCCCACCGCCGGCUGCACCGGGAGGGCCGACCCUUCGCCUGCGCCGAAUGCGGCCGCGGCUUCAGCGACAAGCGGCACCUGACGGCGCAUCUGCGGGGGCACAUGGGGCUGAAGCCCUACGCCUGCCCCCACUGCGAGAAGACCUUCAGCCACAAGCCCAACCUCACCACGCACCAGCGCACCCACACCGGCGAGCGCCCCUUCGCCUGCCCGCACUGCGCCCGCGGCUUCGCCCACAACCAGCACCUGCUGCGGCACCUGCGGGUGCACACCGGCGAGCGCCCCUUCGCCUGCCCCCAGUGCGGCCGCUGCUUCAGCUCCCGGCCCAACCUCAUCGCCCACGCCAAGGCGCACGCCGGCGCCCGGCCCUUCGCCUGCGAGCAGUGCGGCCGCGGCUUCAGCCGAAAGUCCCACCUGGCCCGGCACCAGGCGGUGCACACCGGCACCCGGCCCCACGCCUGCGCCCAGUGCGGCAAGCGCUUCAGCUCCAAGACCAACCUGGUGCGGCACCAGGCGGUGCACACGGGCCACCGGCCCUACAUCUGCACCCAGUGCGGCAAGAGCUUCAGCCGCAAAACCCAUCUGCUGCGCCACGAGCGCACCCACGCCGCCGCCGCCGCCUCGUCCCGGCAGAGCUGGCCGGCCCCCGCCGCCCCGGCCCCCGCCGCCCUCUGAGCACCGGGGGCUGAGCACCGGGACGUGCUGGGGGGGGCCCCGGCGGCUCCCAGCGAUGCUCGUGCCCUCGGCGCCCUUCCCCGCGCCGGGGACCCUCGGCUGCCGAACGGCCGCUCUCCCGCUGCCCGCCGCGGCACACGGCACCGAG